UAGCUAGAUCACCAAAGCAGAUUCUUCCAAAACCUAACCCUUCUACCAUUUCUAAUUUUUCACUUGUAGCCCCCCGCCGGCCGCCGCCACCGCCUGGCGCCGCCGGCCGUUGCCUGCCAUGCUCCUUGCAAGGCUCCACUUCUCAUCCUCCCUACUCGCACCCAAGCCGCUCUCCAAUUCCACAUCCAGCCCCAAUCAUGUCAAGCCAAUCACUGCCUCUCCCUCCUCCCGCCGCCGCCUCCGCAUCUCCGCCACAUCCACGAUCGAUUCGCCGGCGGCGAAGGCGCUGAGCCGCGUAGACGUCCUCUCGGAGGCGCUCCCCUUCAUCCAGCGCUUCAAGGGCAAGACUGUGGUGGUCAAGUACGGCGGCGCCGCGAUGAAGUCCCCCGAGCUCCAGGCGUCCGUGAUCCGGGAUCUCGUCCUCCUCUCCUGCGUCGGACUCCGGCCAAUCCUCGUCCACGGCGGCGGCCCCGAGAUCAACUCCUGGCUGCUCCGCGUCGGGGUCGAUCCGCAGUUCCGCAACGGCCUCCGCGUCACCGAUGCGGUCACUAUGGAGGUCGUCGAGAUGGUGCUCGUCGGCAAGGUCAACAAGAAUCUUGUAUCCCUCAUAAACGUCGCCGGCGGCAUCGCCGUCGGCCUCUGCGGCAAGGACGCGCGCCUCAUCACGGCGCGCCCUUCCCCCAACGCUGCAGCACUCGGCUUCGUUGGGGAAGUCGCGCGCGUGGAUGCCACAGUCCUCCACCCCAUCAUCGCCUCUGGUCACAUCCCGGUCAUCGCCACCGUUGCCGCUGAUGAGACCGGGCAGGCCUACAAUAUUAACGCCGAUACUGCGGCAGGUGAGAUUGCUGCUGCGGUGGGUGCUGAGAAGUUGCUGCUACUUACAGAUGUGUCAGGGAUACUAGCGGACCGCAAUGACCCUGGGAGCCUGGUGAAGGAGAUUGAUAUCGCUGGGGUGCGGCAGAUGGUAUCCGAUGGGCAGGUAGCUGGUGGAAUGAUCCCAAAGGUGGAGUGCUGCGUGCGAGCCCUCGCCCAGGGCGUGCACACCGCAAGCAUCAUCGAUGGACGUGUCCCGCACUCGCUGCUGCUCGAGAUUCUCACAGAUGAGGGCACUGGCACCAUGAUCACUGGCUAA